AUGAACCAAAGUACUGUAGUUGAUCCAAUAGCAAGAAGAUUUUUGUGGAGAACUUUGAAAUUAGGAGUUCUGUUAAGAUAAAUUAGUGUUAUGUUAACUACUCAUAUAAUGGAUGUAGCAGAGAAUUAAUGUGAUAAGAUUGCAAUAUUAGUUAAGGGAUAGAUUUAUUUUUUUGGAAGUCCAUAAGAAUUAAUAAAAAGUAUGAGGAUGGUUAUGAUAUCUAAUUGA